CCACACACACAUUUCACCCACUCUUCACCUUCUUUCACCGGAAUCUUCUGCCGGAAAACAAACCAUCAUGGCUGAAGCCGGAUUUCACCAGUUUCCGCUACCUUUAAAUCCCACCGCAAAAGAAUUCCGACCAACAUGUGUCUACUACACAUUUCCACCGCCACCAGCGUUUAUCAUUCCGGCACUCCCUCCGUCAUUAACCGUACCAACACGUGCACUUCUAUUAAGCUUCGUUCCGACCCACGUCAGCGAAUCCACUAUACGCCGGGAACUCGAAGUGUUCGGUGACGUCAGAGCCGUACAAAUGGAACAACUCCGAAACGGACUCGUCACCGUUCAUUUCUACGAUCUCCGUCACGCAACGGAGGCGUUGAACAAGAUUCAGGAACAACACAUGCAACAACAGCACCGCCUACGCCGCCACUUUGACGCUCUUACCGUUUCAUCUCCAGCCACCCCACCUCCCAUUCCGCUACCUUUACCGGCUCCUGGUUUACUUUCCGGUAGAGUCAUCUGGGCCCAGUUUGCUUUCCCUCUCGCCGCCGGCCUACCCGAUCGUUUUAAUCAAGGCACCCUCAUCAUCACUUCAGAUUCCCACGUUUCCGCCGGCGCCGUUAGAGAAGUUUUUGAAGCUUUUGGGGAUGUGAAGGAGAUUAGAGAAGCUUCAAUGAAAAAGAAGCAGAAACUUGUUGAGUUCUACGACACGAGAGCUGCAACAAAGGCUGUCGCCGCCGUCAACGGCCAAGAAAUAAACGGUACACCGGUGGUGGUGGAGUUUGUACGACCCACUGGGCAUAACAAUAAUAAUAAACUCAUUCCUGAUAGUCCUCCUCCUCGUGAAGUGAAACCACUACCGUGUAGAAAGGAAAUUAGUCCGAUGGAAAAGGAGGUGAAUUCACAUUGUGGCGUAAAGAAGAAUAUGAAGAGUUUUAAUAAGCCACCAGAGCAGUGGGGCCGGAAUAAGCCGUGGAAAGGACACCGGUAUAAUAAUCGAGGAAAAGGUGAUCCCAGGUUCUUGUUUAAAGGUGAUGAAGAUUCAAGAACAACUGUUAUGAUUAAAAAUAUCCCAAACAAAUACAGUCAACAACUGUUGCUGAACAUGUUGGAUAACCACUGCAUUCAAUGCAAUGAGGGGGAUGACAAUCAACCGUUGUCUUCCUAUGAUUUUGUUUAUCUACCAAUUGAUUUUGUGAACAAAUGCAAUGUGGGAUAUGGGUUCGUGAACAUGACAACUCCCGAGGCCACACGGAGAUUAUACAAGGCGUUUAACCAUCAAAACUGGGAGGUCUUUAAUUCCAAGAAAAUAUGUGAGCUUUCAUAUGCUAGAUUACAGGGACUGGAAGCAUUGAAGGAGCAUUUCAAGAACUCAAAGUUUCCAUGUGAGGUGGAGGAGUACUUGCCAGUGGUGUUUACGCCACCAAGGGAUGGGAGAACACUGACGGAGCCCAUGCCGGUGGUAGGGCGGAGCAGCAGCAGCGUGACGUCAUUGUCAGAAGUGGAAGUAGGGGUAGGGUGUGAAGAUUUGACAGACGGUGAUAAUAAUUUGCUUGUGGAAGAUACCACCCAAUCUGACGGCAGCAGUGGAUUGGCGGCGAUGAAGUGACUGUGCAUGGAUGGAUGGAUGGAUAUUGUAGUAGGACUUUAUAAAAAAAUAUUAUCAUAUUCAAUCAAUUUCAUAAUAAAGAUGGCAUGAUAAUCAAUUUCAUAAUCU